AUCCGGCCCUGGUGCCACCGUCCCCCUAACUGCGGACUUGCUAACUGCGAUGCCCUCCUAGCCAGCCGCCGCGGGAUGGAGGGCUUCAUGGACUCAGGGACACAGACGGAUGCCGUGGUGGUGCUGUCCUUGGCUCAGGCCGCCGUGCUGGGCCUGGUCUCGGAAAAUGAGCUCUUUGGAGCCACCAUAAGCGCCGAAGCCUUCUACCCGGACCUGGGGCCCGAGCUGUCCGGGUCGGCCAUGGGGGAGCCCGGGCCCCCGGGCCCCGACGUCUACCAGCUGGCCUGCAGCGGGAGGGCCCUGGAGGAGCCGGCAGAAGAGGAGGUGCUGGAGGUGGAGGCGGCCUUCGAGAAGCACACCCGGCGGAAGACGCGGCCGCCCGUGCGGCUGGUGCCCAAGGUCAAGUUUGAGAAGGUGGAGGAGGAGGAGGAGGAGCAGGAGGUCUACGAGGUGUCCGUGCCCGGUGACGACAAGGACGCCGGCCCCGCAGAGGCCCCCGCCCAGGUGGCCGGCGGCGGCGGCAGCAGCGGCUGCGAGACCCUGGUGCAGAGCAGCGCCGUCAAGAUGAUCGACCUCAGCGCCUUCAGCCGCAAGCCCCGGACGCUGCGCCACGUGCCCCGCGCCCCGAGGCCGGAGCUGGACGCGGCCCCUUACGACCCCCACUUCCCCGACCCGGCCCGGGCCGGCUUCCCGGAGCCCGGCGUGGCGCUGCCCGGGCCGGAGGCCCUGCCCUCCGAGUGUGGCUUUGAGCCGGCCCACCUGGCCCCCCUGAGCGAUCCCGAGGCCGCCACCAUGGAGUCCCCGGAGCCCGUGAAGCCGGAGCAGGCCUUCGUGUGGCAGGAGGCGGGCGAGUUCGAGGCCGACGCGGCCGGCUCGACGGCGGAGCGCCACAAGAAGGCCCAGCUGGACCGGCUGGACAUCAACGUGCAGAUCGACGACUCGUACCUGGUGGAGGCGGGCGACCGCCAGAAGCGCUGGCAGUGUCGCAUGUGCGAGAAGUCCUACACGUCCAAGUACAACCUGGUGACGCACAUCCUGGGCCACAACGGCAUCAAGCCGCAUUCGUGCCCGCACUGCAGCAAGCUCUUCAAGCAGCCCAGCCACCUGCAGACGCACCUGCUGACGCACCAGGGCACCCGGCCGCACAAGUGCCAGGUGUGCCAGAAGGCCUUCACGCAGACCAGCCACCUCAAGCGCCACAUGCUCCUGCACUCGGAGGUCAAGCCCUACAGCUGCCACUUCUGCGGCCGCGGCUUUGCCUACCCCAGCGAGCUCAAGGCGCACGAGGUGAAGCACGAGAGCGGCCGCUGCCACGUGUGUGUCGAGUGCGGCCUGGACUUCUCCACCCUGACCCAGCUCAAGCGCCACCUGGCCUCCCACCAGGGCCCCACCCUCUACCAGUGCCUCGAGUGCGACAAGUCCUUCCACUACCGCAGCCAGCUGCAGAACCACAUGCUCAAGCACCAGAACGUGCGGCCCUUCGUGUGCACCGAGUGCGGCAUGGAGUUCAGCCAGAUCCACCACCUCAAGCAGCACUCCCUCACCCACAAG